GACCAGUUCACCAGGAUAUAAAUAUAAUCAUAUUCGCACGGUAUCAUAAAAUGAAGCAAAUGACAAGGAAAACACGGGACCAGACUUCGUCCUUGCGCCAGACGCCAUAUCCACCAUUCCUAUCCACUGGCCAGCCGCUUCUAGGCUCCAUAUGCCAAUUCCAUUCAACUCCGAGCCCGAAAAACCAGAUCUCCACCCAUUAUUUGUUCCCAACGUCCGUUAUACUCAUCUUUUUCAAACAGAUUAACACAAUAAACAAUCCAGACAGCAGCAGCAAGCCGUGCCAAUUGCUAAGCCUUCCCAGAAACCAGUACUUGAAUUAUUUGGAGGUCGAUUUGAGACAUAUCCUGGCCGCUGAUAUCCUUGAUAGUAUUGACCUUGGGGGUAUUGGCCUUGAGGGUAUUGAACAUAAGUAUUUUGUCCCUGGGGAUACUGUACUUGGCCUGGAUAUUGACCUCCGCCGGGAUAUUGGCCUUGGCCAGGAAAAGGGCCUUGCUGCUGGUUAUAAUAGCUCAUUUGCGGACCAGGCUGGUAGUAUGCCUGCUGGCCUUGAGGGCUCUGGAUGCCCUGUUGAUAAUAGUUUGGCUGGUUCUGAUUCUGAUCGUAGCCAAAAUAACCCCCAUCUCUUCCGUACGCUGGUUGGGGCGGUUGGGGUGAUUGAGAUGUCUCUCCGUAAGCCGGGGGCUGAUCGCCUCUGUUGGUAUUUUUGGGAGCCAUGGUUUUACUGUCUGGACGCUAUCACGUAUCACCAGAAAAACGACUGAGGGAAGGCAAAACGAAUGAACUAGUAGGAAUAGUUCAAAAUAGCAGCCAAGAUAAGACAGGAGAGAGAGAACGGGCGGUGUUAUAAAACAAGCCGGCCAUCGCGGCCAUCGCAUGACCAAAACCUUAUGGUUCUGGCCGCCUCGGCUUCGCGGCAAACCUAAUGCUCUCUUCCAUUGCGGCUUGUUUGAGCAUUACGCAACGCAAGUCAUAUGGGCGCCACAGUCGAUUACGACAAACCACGGGGGCGUUCGGCGACGACGGAGAGCCCUUUGUUAGGCUUGCUCUCAUUCGAUUUUG